UCUGGAAACAUAUUUAAGAAAAGGUGUUUCAGCUCAUAACCUAGCAUCAAUGCAGUUCUAAAGAAGGGUUUAAGAGAUGAUGCAUGUCAAGCAAUUGCAAGGUUUUUUUUACAAUAAUGCCAUACCAUUCAAUGUAGCAAGGAGUGAGGAGUUCACUAUCAUGUGUGAUAUGAUUUCAAGACAUGGUAAUGGAUUCAAACCACCAUCUUAUCAUGACUUGAGAAUUAAGUUGUUAAAUCAAGAAAUUAAGUUAACACAUGAAGCUUUGGAAGAACAUAGAAAGGAAUGGAGGAAUAUUGGAUGCACCAUAAUGACCGAUGGAUGGACUGAUCGGAAGAGGAGGACAAUUUUGAAUUUUUUGGUUAAUAGUCCAAAGGGUACUGUAUUUUUGAAGUCUGUUGAUGCAUCUAACAUAUGCAAAACAGCCGACAAAAUCUUUGAAAUGAUUGAUGCUGUUGUUGAAGAGGUUGGAGAAGAUAAUGUUGUUCAGGUCGUGACAGAUAAUGCGACAAACUACAAGGCUGCCGAUGAGAUGCUGAUGCGAAAGAGGAACAAAUUAUAUUGGACACCUUGUGCCGCACACUGUCUUGAUUUGAUGCUUGAAGAUUUGGAGAAGAAGAUAUCGGUUCAUGAAGAGACAAUUCCAAAGGGUAAAAAAAUUACAACUUUUAUUUAUUCAAGAACUUCUCUCAUUUCUAUUUUGCAUCAUCACACAAAAAACAAAGAUUUGGUGAGACCAGGCGCUACUCGAUUUGCCACGUCUUACCUUACUUUAGGAUGCUUGUAUGAGAACAAGGAAGCUUUGAUAAGAAUGUUCACUUCCAAAGAAUGGAAAUUGAGCAAAUGUGCAAAGUUAAGAGAUGGAAAAGCCAUUGAAGAUGUGGUUUUGGACAAAAGUUUUUGGAAGAAUAUUGUUGUUUGUUUGAGGGGUGCUACACCUCUCAUUAAAGUGCUUCGUUUAGUUGAUUCAGAUCAAAAACCAGCCAUGGGAUUAAUCUAUGAGGCAAUGGACCAAGCAAAGGAGGAAAUUCAAAAGAAUUUUAAUGGUGUAAAAAAAAGUUACAAGUCUAUUUGGAAUAUCAUUGAUGAUAGAUGGGACAAAAUGCUACAUAGACCAUUACAUGCUGCAGCCUAUUAUCUCAACCCGCAGAUGCAUUACGACUCUAGAUUCAAAGCUGAUAUUGAGGUUAGAAAAGGUUUAAUGGACUGCUUAACUAAAAUGGUGGAUGAUCCUGAAGAACAGGCUAAGAUUGAAGUCCAAAUGCAUGACUUUAAGAAACAAUUAGGGUAUUUUGGCACAGAAUUGGCCAAACGAACACUUGAAAAAUCUACUCCGGCAGAUUGGUGGGAUUCAAUUGGGUUUGAUUCAUCAGGUUGUGAGCGAAACUGGAGUGCUUUUGAGAUGGUCCAUACAAAAAGAAGGAACCGCUUGAAACAAAAAAUGAUGAAUGAUGUUGUAUUUGUCAUGGCUAAUUCAAGAUUGUCCAAAAAAAAGAAAGGGAGAAGAACAUUUGAGAUAGAGUUAGAUGACCUUGGAUCUGAUGAUGAUUGGCUUAUGGACGAAGACGGCGACAUUGAAAUUUCGGAUGAAGACUUUAUUCAAAUGAAUCAAGAACAAAUUCAAGAGGAUGAUAUUUUUGUUCAUGAUUUGGAAGAUGAACAUGAUAGAGGGAUAAAUGAAAAUGAAUUUGAUGAUGACUUUGAAGAUGAAAAUGAAGAUGAAGGAGAUAAUGAAGACAAUGAUGAUCCAUUGAAUGAUUAUGACCAACUCCAACAUGACUUGUUUGGAAAUUGAGUGAAUUUUCAUUAAGUUUUUCUUAUAAGUUUUCAAUUAUUAUUUGCUACUGUUUUGAAUGUUGUGGUGUUUUGGAAUUGUCUUGAAUUAGUUUUAAUGAAUAUUAUCCUAUGAAAUUUCAGUUUUUAAAAGUAAUUUUAGUGUUAUUUGAAUUUUAUUUUUAUAUUAUGUAGUGUCAUAUGCAUAUUAUUAAUCUAUAUGCAAAAUAUAUGUGAAUUUUAAAAUUUGGUAGGAUCUUACGAUCCGUGUUACGAUCCCCCGAUUCACGAUCUAAUUAUCCCAACCCGAUCUUGCGUAGGAUCUCGAGUUUGAC